CGUCUUGGCAGCAACUAAUGCUAAUAUAACACAAUGCCUUCUAAUUUCAAUCCAAUACGACAAGGAAAACAGCAACAACGACUUCCUCAAUACCGAUAUAGAAAACCAGCAAGAAAUGGCAACGAAAGCACGAUGAAAAGGCGCGCUAUAAUUCGAAUGUGCUUUAUUGCAUUUGUGUGCAUGUUAUUAUUACAUCAGUUAUACUUGAUGGUAGAAGCCAUAAUAGACAUCCCUAAUACCACUACGCCUGAGAAGGUAGUUUCAUCUAAUCAAGAUAUAUCAGACACUGUACCUGUGGAGCAAGAUGUCCCACCAGAAAUUAUCACAGCUUUACAAGCCAAACUUGAACCAAUGACACAAACCAAGAUACCAAAGAUUGUUCAUUUUGUAUACGGUAUGAAAGACCGCAACCCAGAACUAGACCUAAUACAAUACCUCUCCAUCAAAUCUGCACAAGAAGUCAUCAAACCAGAAAAAAUUUUAUUCCACUAUCACUAUCUGCCCACCGGCGAAUGGUUUGAGCUUAUCCGACCCCAUCUGACACUUCGACAAGUGGAUAUUCCAACCAAAGUAUUCGGCAACCGUGUCGACCAUUACGCACAUCGUGCAGAUGUUGUUCGAUUAGACGCUUUGAAGGAGUUUGGUGGCAUAUACCUAGAUUUGGAUGUCAUCAUGAUGAAGAGCUUGGACCAUCUUUUGGACGAAGAAUUUGCCAUGGGCCAUGAAGGAGUUGGUGGUUGGUCUGGCCUAUGCAAUGCUGUCAUUCUAUCGCGUGCCAAUGCACCCUUUUUGCAGCGCUGGUAUGAGACUUACAAGCAUUUUGACCAGAGAAGAUGGAAUCACCACAGCGUUCUGUUACCUCGCCUUUUAGCUGCCAAUUUUUCUGAUGAGAUUCGACAGCUGGAAUACGACGCUUUCUUUUGGCCACUUUGGGAUAAAGAUGGCUUACGACAAUUGUACUUGGAGAAAAGUUACGGUUUUGCGAACAAUCUAGGUGUGCACCUUUGGGAUUCAGCUGCCAACAAGCACUUAACCAAAGACAUUACACCCCAAGUCAUUCAAGAAGUUGACACGAGCAUUAAUUGUAUGUUAAGAAAGUAUCUACCCAAUCAAGUAGAGGCAAGACCUGGCGCUUGCGACAUUCACCCUUACCCAGUUGGCGAGAAUGGUCAGGGUAUGUAUAGAGAUGGUUAUGAUUAGCAUUGUGUAACGGUUAGGGCUAAUGAAUUGCAAAUGAAA